CUUCGUAAAAUGGACGCCCUCCACAACCGAGAGCUGGAAGAGGACUACAGUCACAAGCUGCGAGGUCGAGUAUGGCAACCCACAGAGCCUGAAGGACAUAGACUAGGCGGAGAGACAGACGGGCAGAUCGACGAUCUAAGCCACCUGCGGCCUAUGACCGCGCAGCAAUUCAUGGACAGGUUCCAAGAGCUCCAACUAGGCCAAGAGCGUCGUCGAGCCCCGAACGGAGCGACAUCACCAGGGGGCUCCGACACCGCGCCGGGGCGCUCCGCGGUGUCCGGAGACCGCUUCAGUGAGAUCAAGUCUUCGUUAAGGGAGCUGCGACGAGGGCUCAACGAGGUAACAGCACCAUACAACUCUGCGUCGAAUGCUACCAACAAUACUAACAUAGACAGCAACCGACUGUGCCCGCCGAGCCCGCCAGCCGACGCCGGCGACGCCGGUGAACUGCGGCUCCCCUGCGAGUUCUGCGGCCUCCCUAUACUAGCCGACGACUUAGUAUUACACCAGACUGGGUGCCGACCCGACUUAACCCAGUACCGGCCCAAGAAGUCCUCCCGCCCGCGCUCCCCGCGCCCGCGCCCGCCGCGCCCGCGCCCCGCGGCCGAGAUGGACGACCCCGUCAUACCCUGCCAGUUCUGCACGCAGUCGCUGCCUGUAUACCUUAUUAGUGAACAUCAGGAGCGGUGUCGUCGAGAUGCGAACGUGUUAUACCCGGACUGAUAAAAAUGUUGACAUUUAACUAACUAACUAUACUAUAUUGUGGCUUUCCAUUAAAGACGCACAUACGCGUCCUGUCUCGGGGUCUCUCGACGAGUGUGUAUAACCCGCAUAAGAAAGAGAGAAGGAAAGAAAAUACAUUUAUAUAACGUCACAAAAUAAUACAUUAAGAAAAUAACACACGGAGACAUAACAAAACGCUGGACGUUAAAAUUUGACCCCAACCCACGCUUCAUGUGGAUAAGGACGCUUCAUUUCAGGGACCGAAUACCGGUAUAUAUAUUUCAAACAAAUUAACUGGUACCUAUUCAAAU